GCCCCCCGCCGGGCCGCGCCCCCCGCCCCCCAUGCACCACCUCCUGGAGCAGUCGGCGGACAUGGCGACCGCGCUGCUGGCGGGAGAGAAGCUGCGGGAGCUGAUCCUGCCGGGCGCGCAGGACGACAAGGCGGGCGCGCUGGCCGCGCUGCUUCUGCAGCUGAAGCUGGAGCUGCCGUUCGACCGCGUGGUCACCAUCGGCACCGUGCUGGUGCCCAUCCUGCUGGUCACCCUGGUCUUCACCAAGAACUUCGCAGAGGAACCCAUUUACUGUUACACCCCGCACAACUUCACGCGCGACCAGGCGCUGUACGCCCGCGGCUACUGCUGGACGGAGCUGCGGGACGCGCUGCCCGGCGUGGACGCCAGCCUGUGGCCGUCGCUGUUUGAGCACAAGUUCCUGCCCUACGCGCUGCUGGCCUUCGCCGCCAUCAUGUACGUGCCCGCGCUGGGCUGGGAGUUCCUGGCCUCCACGCGCCUCACCUCCGAGCUCAACUUCCUGCUGCAGGAGAUCGACAACUGUUACCACCGGGCGGCCGAGGGCCGCGCGCCCAAGAUCGAGAAGCAGAUCCAGUCCAAGGGCCCGGGCAUCACGGAGCGCGAGAAGCGCGAGAUCAUCGAGAACGCGGAGAAGGAGAAGAGCCCGGAGCAGAACCUGUUCGAGAAGUACCUGGAGCGCCGCGGCCGCAGCAACUUCCUGGCCAAGCUGUACCUGGCGCGGCACGUGCUGAUCCUGCUGCUGAGCGCCGUGCCCAUCUCCUACCUGUGCACCUACUACGCCACGCAGAAGCAGAACGAGUUCACCUGCGCGCUGGGCGCGUCCCCGGACGGGGCGGCAGGUGCGGGGCCCGCGGUGCGCGUGAGCUGCAAGCUCCCGUCCGUGCAACUGCAGCGCAUCAUCGCGGGCGUGGACAUCGUGCUGCUGUGCGUCAUGAACCUCAUCAUCCUCGUCAACCUCAUCCACCUCUUCAUCUUCCGCAAGAGCAACUUCAUCUUCGACAAGCUGCACAAGGUGGGCAUCAAGACGCGCCGGCAGUGGCGCCGCUCGCAGUUCUGCGACAUCAACAUCCUGGCCAUGUUCUGCAACGAGAACCGCGACCACAUCAAGUCGCUCAACCGGCUGGACUUCAUCACCAACGAGAGCGACCUCAUGUACGACAACGUGGUCCGGCAGCUGCUGGCGGCGCUGGCGCAGUCCAACCACGACGCCACCCCCACGGUGCGCGACUCGGGGGUGCAGACCGUGGACCCCAGCGCCAACCCCGCCGAGCCCGACGGCGCCGCCGAGCCGCCCGUGGUCAAGCGGCCGCGCAAGAAGAUGAAGUGGAUCCCCACCAGCAACCCGCUUCCGCAGCCCUUCAAGGAGCCGCUGGCCAUCAUGCGCGUGGAGAACAGCAAGGCGGAGAAGCCGAAGCCCGCGCGCAGGAAGACGGCCACGGACACGCUGAUCGCGCCGCUGCUGGACCGCUCCGCCCACCACUACAAGGGCGGAGGGGGCGACCCGGGCCCGGGCCCCGCCCCCGCCCCCGCCCCCGCCCCGCCGCCCGCCCCCGACAAGAAGCACGCGCGCCACUUCUCCCUGGACGUGCACCCCUACAUCCUCGGCACCAAGAAGGCCAAGGCCGAGGCGGUGCCCGCCGCCCUGCCCGCCUCCCGGAGCCAGGAGGGGAGCUUCCUGUCGCAGGCGGAGGACUGUGGGCUGGGCCUGGCCCCGGCGCCCAUCAAAGAUGCUCCGCUCCCCGAGAAGGAAAUCCCGUACCCCGCAGAGCCAGCCCGGGCAGGGCUUCCCUCGGGGGGCCCGUUCCACGUCCGCUCACCUCCCGCCGCCCCUGCUGUGGCCCCUCUGACACCAGCCAGCCUGGGCAAGGCGGAGCCCCUCACCAUCCUGAGCCGAAACGCCACACACCCGCUGCUGCACAUCAACACGCUGUACGAGGCCCGGGAGGAGGAGGAAGGGGGCCCCCGCCUGCCGCAGGAUGUGGGGGACCUCAUCGCCAUCCCUGCCCCACAGCAGAUCCUCAUCGCCACCUUCGACGAGCCGAGAACGGUCGUGAGUACUGUGGAGUUUUGAGGGAUGGCACCGUCCAGGCCGCCGAGAGCCCCUCUGCCUGAGUGUCGUGUGACCUGGCCGGCCUCCCGGUGGACACCAGCCCUGCGUCGACGUGGCCUGUGCUUCGCCCGCACUGCGCGCAUCCCCAACCUCUGUCCGCAUGCCUGGGGCCUUCACCCCCACGUGCUCGACAGGGGAACCCGCCCGGACGGCAUCGCCAGGCACUGGCUGGGGCGGGGAAAGGUGGCCCAGUGGAGCCGGUGGCCAGGAAGGCUGAAGCCCGCCUCCCAUGCUCCUGCAUCAGGUGCCCAGCCGUGGGUGGGGGCCCUGAGGUGAAGAGUUUAUUUUUUUAGUCCGUUUCGUCCUGGCCCCAGGCUGUGGCGAGACAGCCCAACUCCCCCAGCCCAGCUCCCCCAGCCCAGAGCCAGGGAAGAGGAAGGUGGGGCCAGUCCCACCAGUGGGGUGGCCACGCCCAUGGCGUCACAUGCUCAGGGGUCACCCCCUGCAGGGACCUGAUGCCCUCGGGUGGGAGGGACCGAGGUCCACCCUCGGGUCAAAGAUCAACGUGCACUUUCUCCUUGUUGCCUGACAGACAUUUUAUUUUACUAAGACUGCUGUACCGAACAAGCAUAUUUAUCAUCAGGAGACAGGAUGGGUUUAAAGCAGGAUGGUGUGUGUGUGAACGGGCAUGAGCAGAGGUGGGCGUGAGCAAGCAAGUGUGUAUGUACGAGUGUGCACGUGUGUGCGUGUGCACAGAGGGUAUGGUGCCAGCUUGAGUGGGAGUGAGUGUGAGCAGGCGGGCGAGUGUGUGAGUGCACGCCAGCGCGUGGCCCAUGUAUGAGGAGUGAAGGGGCCCAACGCAAUAACCACGUCCCCCACCCGGGCCCCCCGCCGCGGCUGAGGCCACAUGGCUUCCUGUGGGAGCCCCGGCCGGCACCCGGCUGGUCCCACCCCAAAUACCUCAGCCAUGGAAACCAUGUCAUGCAGAAUUAACAAGGUAGCACCGAGCAUAUCAAUAAAUAUUAUUCUGAUAAUCA